UCAAAUAACAAACCGCGAUUUCUUGUCGUAUUCCUUAAGUGCAAAUUAAAAGAAAUUUAGGGUGAAUUUAAAAUACAAUGGCUGACAAACAAUCCACUGGUGAAGCAACCAAGUCCGUCCAAACAUCAGCAGUUCCCAAUUUGGCGGAUAAACUGCAGAAAAAGUCCACACCAGGAACUCUUAGCACGGGUUCAGCUGAUGGCGCGGAAAAUUCGGAAAAGCCGGCUGCCCAGCCUACCGCCUACAGCAUGCGACCAGCGUUUGGAGAGAUGUUUCCCUUGCCCACCAUCAAAAACAUAAUGAAUAACGUGAUGGCCGAGAAAUUAAAGGACAAAACCUACGACAAGGACGUUGCCAGGACGUGGACAAGUGAGAUUGCCGAUGAAGUGAACCAGCAGAUAGCCAGCAGCUCUCGGGUGAAACGAUACAAGCACGUAGUCCAGGUGAUGCUCGGCCAGGAACUGGGUGCAGGUGCCACCUAUAAUUCCCGUUGUUGCUGGGACUGCGACUGCGACACUUCCGUAUCCGAGGUCUUCAGUAACACCAGCCUGUUUUGCGUGUGCACCGUGUUCGGCACCUACCAGUACUAGAAGUGGAUAACUCAGGGAACUGAUUAGGCUAAGGAACACCUCACUAUAUUUAUUUUCAAAGGGUAGGCACCGGGAAACAAAGGGUUCAUCACUUUCGAUACUUGACCUUCGUCGAGCUUCAUUGGAUGCGCACAUUCAGCGGAUUCAGUAUACGG